UCAGAAAGAAGUAGCCGGACUGAUGGAGAACUACAAAAACCUUCGGGAGGAGCUGGAAAAGUGCCAAACGUCCAAGGACAACUUCAAGAGGAAGCCCAGGAGUAUUGUCGAACGCUGGAAGGAGAUGACUCACUUAAUGGCUUCCAAGGACACUGAACAGUCAUCCCUCAAGAAGCAGUACCUUAACUUAAAUGAAGCUGUGUCAUCUCUGAAGUCUUUAAAUGCAAGCUUAGAGGAGAGCAUAACAGCAAGAGAGCAAGAGUUGACAAAAAUGGAGGAAAUGGUGGCUAAAUUCAAAGAAGACCGGGAACAGAUUAUUGGUCAGAUGAUGGAAGCCAGCCAAAAGUGUGAUGCACUUGAAGAAUCUUGCCACAAACUUGAAGAAGCAAAAUAUAAUGUUGAAAAAGACCUUAUAAACACCAGAGAGCUUGUGCAGAAACUUGACAUGAAGAAAGGGCAGGCGGAAGGUGAAGUAGGUCGUCUGACUGGAACUCUAGAACAGGUUCUGUCACAAAAGAGAGCAUUAGAGCAAAGACUUGAGGCUUUGUCGUCCCAAUUAAAUGGUGAGCGUUCUACUGUGAGAUCAAUGGAAGAAAUGCUAAAUGAAAAACGACGAUCCGAGUGGUCAAGUGAGGCUACAAUGAAACAGUUGGAAGUAGAAAAAAAUCAGUUGCAGAGGAAGAUUUCUGAAGUUCAGCAACAAUUAGAUGAUGAAACGUCAGAAUGCAAAAGGUUAAGAAGUAGAUUGGUGCAGUUAGAGUCUGAUGUAGAGCGCUUUCGACGUGAUCUCACUGAGGAGAGAUUUGAAAGGGAAAGAGCUUCACAGGAACUACGCAGGGUACAGAAAUACCAGUAUAUUAAUAGUGCCUUAGAUGCUAUUGGUUCUGUAUCAAUUGCUACCUCAGAGGGACCACGACACCCUACUAAGAUAGCAUCACCGCCAUCAGCAUCAGUUGUUGCUACUGAGGGAGCUGUAAAGCCUGCAACACCUGCAAGUGUAACAUCACCACCUGUAGGACCACAAGUGGGUCAAAGGCCACCUGCCCCUGCUCAAGUAGAAUCCCCAUCAGAAACUCAGCCUAUUUCUGGGUCAAGAGUACCUAGUAGGUCUGAAACAUCACAAUCAGUAUCACAAGAGGCUUCACACAUAGAAAGACAUGAUAGUUUUAGUAAAGCGCAUGCAACUACUGUUCAUAGCUCUUCCUCUGACACAGGACUUGAGAGGAGUCAAGCUAUUUCCAGCAGUUCUGAUUCACACACAGAACCAUGGAGACUGGCUUUUGGGAGCAAUGCAUCACAGUUACACAGAAAAGCAGCCAGUCUGGAUUCAGUUCAAAAGUCACCUGCUGCUUACAGCCGAGUAACACACGGGAGUAAGUCAGAUUUACAUAGCUCAGCAAGAUCUCCCAAAGUUCAUGAGCAUUCUGCAGCUUCACUCACCAGAGGACCUCAUGCAUAUAUUUCUCAAAGGGGUCCUGCAGCUCUUUCCCAGGCCAGUUCUUCCUCUCAUUUUCAAACACCAGUUGGGUCCUCUCAUGGUAGAGCAACUGAAGGACAAGAGGCAAUCCCAAGUGUCCGUCCCAAAGAAUCAAGACCAAGACUAAGUAGACAUGGAACAAGUGGAGAAUCAGACAGCUGGGGUUGAUGUUAUUUAGUGGGUUCGAUCAUUGCUCAUUUAGGAUGUGAUCAUGUAUAUAACAUUGUGGUACAGUAAAUGAUAAAAGUCCAGUUACGGCAGUUCAUAAUCCUGGAUUUUGUUUUAAGAUUCAUUUUUGCAUUGUUACUAUGCUAUGGCAAUGUUAUUUUAAAUCUUUAAGAUUUUUUGUAAAAUUUACGUACUAUUGGGUUUGAAAUUGCUGCAAUGCACGCUGUAAAUUCUGUAAUUUUAUUAAAUAUGCUUUUGCGAGGAUAAAAUAAGACCCGGUUCCUAUAAUUUUAUUAAAUAUGCCUUUGUGAUUAUAAACUAAGACCCUUUUCUUGAGUGUACUUAGUGAUGUAUUGCUAAAGGUACACUGAAAAUCCUUAGCCUUCCUGAGGACAGUAAAAGCCUAAGGAUUUUCAGUAUAUGUUCAGCAAUACAUCAGGAAUUAUACUCAAGAAAAUGGUUUUAUUUUAUCAUCUUUCAAAAAUACAAAUGCCCUUCAAUUCUUCAAGUAUUCAUUUAGUACAGUGUAAGUAUUGCAGUUUAUAUUGUUGACAAUUAUUUACUGAUGUUUCAUGAAUAAAUUUACAGUAAUCCACUCAGUCCACUUCAGUGAAGUUAUGGUAACAAUGCUUUCUAAGUGCUGCACUUUAUGGCAACAUUGCAUUGAAGGUAUUUGUCUCAUGAAAAACAGAUAAAGCUAAAGACAUCAUUAUUUUAUUUUUUAUACUAGGAACCAAUAUUCACUUGAUACAGCAUAUUGGCCAUUCAAGUACGUGCUGUACUUUAUUUUCAGUAAAUACCAAACAUUCUGGGAGAUGCCUUAUUACUCCAAUGCAGCAUGUUCCAACCUUUAAAAUAAAAGAUGAUCAGCAAUAACCUCAUCUGGUAAUAAGGGUCAGCUACUAAAGUAACUUAUUUACCUGUUGCACCAACUUUUCAGUAAUAAAGAUUAAAUCACAUUGCAACUUUGGUAGUAGCACUGAUAAGGAAAAUAUGCUCAAGUCAAAUAGCAUUUUCAUAUUUCAAAUGAAAUCUUUGUAAAUAAAUUUUUCAAAUUUUCCAAAAGCUACUUGAUAUUAAUUUGUGAAGCCAAAUAUGCUCAAGUCAAAUAUCAGCAUUUUCAUAUUUCAAAUGAAAUCUUUGUAAAUAAAUUUUUCAAAUUUUCCAAAAGCUACUUGAUAUUAAUUUGUGAAGCCAUACAUGAUUUACCACUGAAGUACAAUUUUAAACUUGUAUAGCCAAGGAAAACAAUGCAUCACAGCAAAUGCUAACCUUGGCAGUGAUAUGUCUACUACUUCUGUGCCACUGUCCCCUGGAAUAGGCCUGAUUUAGUAGCAAGUGAAUGCAUAGGAAGGUUGUCAAUGAGUGUGAAAGUUGAAUGAUUUUUGGGCAGGGGUUUUGGCCAUAAAUUUGUUAUAGCUGAUUUGGAUGAAUUUUCAAGUUAUUGCCAUAAUUCCAGUUUGUCAUUAAAUAAUACUUAAUCUGCUCCACCAAUUACUACAGUUAUUGCUCAAACAGCAGUGGGCAGAGUGCCAAAUACUAAAAUACAGUCCAUUGGUCCUCUACCCUUGCCAACUCAGAGUAUUGUCAAAUGGUUAAAAAAAUGAAUGAACUCAAAAGUAGAAUUCCACCUUGUCCCAUUUUGCCCAGGUCCACAAUAAUGAGUCACAAAAUAUUGCUAAAUUAUACUUCAGUGGUGCACUGCCUUGUUUGUUCCUGUACAGUCCUUUUCAUCAUCCUACCUAGUUGGUAGUUUUAGUUUUUUUUUAUGUGCAAGAUCCCAUUUUGUGGAACCUCUCAACUUUGGCGCCUAGAGCAAAUUGGGCAUUUUUGAAUGUAAAAUACUAUUUUACUAGUAUGCCUCUGGGUUUUAGAGUUCAUCAGGUUUGCAAAAGUUAGCUUAAUUUUAUGUUUAAUAUGCUAAUGUUAGUACAGUAAUUGUGUUGUAUACAUAGUGUGUUUUCUCUGAGGAAAAAAUAUUUUAUCAGGUAAUGGCUUUUGAGAAUAUUUUAUAAAUGCAGGUAAGAAUGAUUAUAUUAGUGCACUAUAGGUAAAUAAUAUAUUCUUUUAUUACAUUACACCAUAGUGUUUGAAGAUUUUUUUAAUCAUUGUCAUAGAAUGUGAUAAAAAUCAUUAUAAAACUCAUCAGUUUUACCAUACGAAAGUUUUUACUUUCUUGCGUUUCAUGUACGUAGUGCUGUAGUUUGCAUUUGACAGCAAUGAGGAACUUUCAGUAAUCUUAAGCAGUUUCAGCUUUUCUAAAUUCCCAUGGAUAUAGUAUUAACAUUUAACCUGCAUGUUAGUGCUCAGUCACAAAGUAAAACUCAUUUUAGCCAUAUAAAUUUGUAGUUAGCAUUCACUAAAAAGCCCUUUCACAACCUGAUUUUAGUUAAAAUCUGAUUGUUAUAAUGUUUGCUUUAGGACAACAUUGCAUAUCAGUGAUGCUAUUCUUUUUGUUGGAAAUACUGUUACUCUUGGAGGAAUAAUGGGAGGAGACGCCCCGCAUGGGUCAGACCAUUCAGUAAAGUGAAGCCAGUUUACCGCGUGGCAGCCACGCCUAGGACUGGCAAAAGAGAGACCACACCAUAAGGAUUAAUAGAAACGCUUCAGUUACUUUUCCCAUCUUUUAUUUUCAUAAUGCGUCUUUUCAUGGCAUAAAUGGAGGCGAAAAGUGUUAGACAUUUUAUCAUUCUUUUAAAGAACAUAGUUAAUUAUUUCAUCAUACAUAAUACCUUGCUUUAUUACUCAGAAAUAUAAUACAAAUUUUUCACAAACUUAUAUACAUAUAACCUAUUAAUGGCACAAAUUUAAAGCUAUUCUCUUUAUGUCUGCUAAUUCCUUAGUCCUUACUGUUUGUUAUCGCCUACUAUUAGGAAUUAUUGACCGCUAAAAUGAAUUAACUUAGUAUAUAUCUGGCGGUUCUCUCCUGCGACCUGCGAUUGAAGUUUAGCAGUAAUCCGCUUACCAGCAUAAUUGUAUCUCACUUGCAAAUAUUUUUCAAUUAUUGUUUUAAUCAAUAAGUGCAAGUGAUUAUCCAAUGGUUGAGUAUCAUACAUGUGAUAAUCGAACUCUGAAAAUACUGUUUUGCCUCUGUAAGCUGCCAAUACUGAACUAACUAAUUUAUGGAAGUUAACUCUCCCCUGUGUUUUGUUGCAGGACAACAUUUCCCUUAUUUUUUUCCGCAUGUAUUGCAUAUAUCAAUAACAUCAUUUGAUGGAUACACCAAUUUUCCUUUGGUUUUUAAUUCGAUGAGAGUGUGACGAAAAUUAGCGUCUCUUAACGUUAAUGCCUCAAUACAGACCUCACACUGUAAAGACUUUUUUUAACUUAAAAACAACAAAGCCUGCAAUAUAAGCUACUAUUUUAUUUGAACAUUUUGACAAGUGGUAAUUGUUUGGAAUAUAAUCAUAAUCAUCUUCCUUGCCAUCUGAAUAUGCUUCUUGAACUUCUAAAACUCGAUGUCUUGAAACUGCAACCUGCUCUUUUAUGCUGCUUGAAACAGUUAAUAUGGGCACCGACUCUGAUGGCAUUAAGUCAUUAUGUACAAGUAGCCUUUUGUAAGCAGCAGAGAAUUGUCUCGCUGUUAGAUUAUCAUUAUGGCCUCCCAUACUUCUUACUUGACCAAAGAAUACUUCAAUAUGAUCCUGACUGAAUUUGUAGGUCAUCAAAAAUUGUAAAGGCCCAACAUCUGAUGCAAUACAGGUUUCGUACAGAAUCUGAAGACUUCGUAUGCAAUAGAGAAAGCCAAUUAAACCAGUUUUUCGAUCUUAUUUUAAGAUGUCUUUACCAUCUUGAAGGCUCAAAGAUCUGAUAUAUGUUUCUGCUUUUAUUAGAAAAUCUAUAAUAUCACUUGCAUUAUUCUUCUGAAUUGGUCUUUUAAAUCCUUUGAUAUUUAGAUUUCGAGAACUUGAUAUGUCAAAUAAGGUGUUGAAUACCAUAAUGAAUUCAAUAGUAUCUUCACUUCCCUCAAAUUCACUUAUUUUUUCAUCAAGGCAUUAUAGUUUCAGUAAACGUGUUAACUGUCUGCGGAUAAAAGGGUGUACGAAAUUAUGUGUACCGUAAGCAGAAGAGGACGCACACAAGGAAACUAAAGGAACGAAUUAAAAUAACAUAGCGUAUCAAAAAUAAAAAGAAUGAUACCUUAGUCAUCGCAAGGUCGCGUACCUACGGUCGACCCAGGGAUUCAGUUUGCCAGUCCCAAUAUGGCGGCCAGCGACCUGAGUGGCUUCACUUAUCCUGCAGCAAGGCGUCUCCUGCCAUUAUUCCUCCAAGCUGUUACUAUAAAUUAGUUUGAGAUUAACUCACAUUACUCAACUCUCAUAGAAAUCCCACAAAGGAUUUGUUUGCAAAUGAGAAGUAAAACUGGAAUGAGGGAUCAUUAAAGAAGUUAGACAGCUGGGUGGGAAAAGAGUAAAGGAAAUGGCUGAAGAGUAAAAGGCACAAAUCACUUCAGCUUAAGAUACUGCAAAGAACCUUGUGUACUAUUUUUUUUUUCCAUAUGAAGCGUUCAUGAAAGGCUUAGUCUCUUGAAUUUCAGGGUACUCUGAUUCAAUUAGAGAGUAAAACAUGUAUAUUUAUCUACUUUGAUUAUAGAACCAUAUAGUCAAAAUGUAGAAAAAAGUAUGUAUUAUUACAUUCGGUACAAAAGUCCGAAAAAUUAUAUACUACCAUCCAUUUUUUACUAUAUUGUUGACUUGAGAAUUAUUAACCUUUAAAAAAAAAACACUGACAUCUUCUUUGAAAAAUCAAACAUAGCAGAAACUGCAGUAAACAGGACAGAUGUUUUCCUGUCUGACCUUGUAAACAUGGGUUCUUUGAUUCUAGGGUAACUGCCCAUAGUGCCCCACUAAGUACCUUCCUCCCACUUGAGCAUUUAGCAAGUUUAUCUGCCUUGUAAAGAUACUACACUUCAUAUCAAAAUACAAUUUUUUUUUAGUGUAAUUUGUACUCGGCAACCUGGCAGAGCUAGUCUAAUGCAAAUGUGUUUUUGCUGUGCCACAUUUUCUCCUUUGUAUGAAUGAAUUUGUAAUCAGCCUAUUGCCAAAUUUUCUUUUAAUAAUGAAUAUCAUGCCUACUUUUAUGAAGAUCAUUUUAUCUAUAGGCCUUCUAAACAGGCUCAAUUUCCAAAGGUAGAGUUGCAAUAAAUUUAAUGAUUCCAUGUCUAUAACAACAUUUUGUCUUUUCAUUAAGAAUGAAUUUUCAACUCAUAGUAAUGUAAUUCUUGGUUAACAUUGCAUAACACAUAAACUAACUGUACUAAGCAACAGCAUUACAUAUGUAAAAAGGGAAUGUGGUAUUCAUAAAUAGUUCAUCAAUAAAGUGAAUGUAAAAGUGGCAAUGUAAAACUAAGUGACAUCCCUUUAAUCCUAUGGUAUCUGAUUAACUCUUGACUUAUGGUUAAUAUUGCCUAUUUCAAAUUACAGUAUAAACUUUCUUACUGUAAUUUAAAUGUUACUUUACUGUGUAAAAAAUAUUUAUUUAAUAUUAGAAUAUAGUGUUACAAUAGUACAUGACAACAAAAUCUGAUAUAACAUUUGUGAAUAUCAACAUUUUCAAGCAGCAUUACUCUGCUUAUCACCUGUGUUUGGCAUAUCUAAAUAUACAUUUUAUAUAGACAAUAUUUUGAUCAUCGAUUUUUAUAUGGUUUUUUAAAAUGAAUUUGAAAUUCAAUUUCACUGCAUUAGGAGUGGGUGUAUUGCAUAAUGUCCCUGCAUUAGGAGUGGGUGUAAUACAAAACAUGUCACUCCAUUAGGAGUGGGUGUAACACAAAAUAUGUGUAAUAUAAUUUUGAGUGUUGAAUGUACAUUUGUUGGGAGGUGGUAAGGUAAAAUGUUCUGAGCCUUCUUGACCUGGCCAGACCUGGCCACAUUUUUUUUAUAUAACAUUAACUUUUAUGAUUAUUCUUUUUCUGUUUCGAUAUCAAUAGUGACAAGUCUUGAGGAGGGUCAUACAAGCUGUCAUAUACAGUAAAAUAUGCAACAUUAUGCACAGACAUGAUACUGCAUAUGCAACAUUAUGCACAGAUGUGAUACUGCAUAUGGUGUGUAUGUUUGUUUGUCUGCUGACUGUACAGACCAAGCAGCUAUUGUUUUGUACUUAAAUUUUGGUUUUGGUAUCUAAACAGUUUAAAUUUCAUCAGUAUCAUCCAACUGUGUGUGUAUGUGGGGGUGGGAGUUUGCUUGCUAACUAAUAACGUAUAUGGUAAUAUGAAAAUUUACAAAAUCCUUACAUUAUCUAACACAUACUAAGCUACUUAAGCUUAGACCAUCAUAAAUGAUAUUAAAUUUAUCAAAACUUGCAAUAAAAUAAACAGUGCACAAAGGAGAUAGAGAUUCAUGUAAUUUAUUAUGGAAGCUGCAAUUUUCAUGAAAUUGACAGAUGAACUGAGAAUAUUUACAUUUAAACUUUAUUUUCACUAUAGUAUUGACGACAGCAAACUCUUGACAAUGCUGUCAUCAGUGCAGUAGUGAAAAUAAUUAAAUUUACAUGUAUAUUUUAUGUUUAUUUGUUGAUUAUCUGUACAUUUCAGCUUCCAUAAAGCAGUUAUAUAAAUUUUUGUGUCUGUUUAUCCCAUUCUUUCUUACAUUUUUGCAUGGCUAUUUUGUUGUAAGUUUUGACACAGUUAACACCCCUUAAUGAAAUGUGAUUACUAUAAAUAAUUGUUAAUCAACAUAUAUAAUGAAUUACAUAUUUACCCAUGGUUUCAACCAAUGAAAUGCCUCCCCCCCCCCCCCCCCCCCCCCCCACACACACACACACACACACAGAAUUUGGGUAAAAUGUCUACCUGUGUUGUUGCAUUCAUUACUAUAUUUAACAGCUCAAAAGGCCCUCUUUAAACUUAUAAUAAAAUAGUGAUAAAUAACAAGAGAAGAAACACUUGAAAAGAUUUUCACAUUAUUGCUACUCUGGCCCCACGUAUAACAGAGGUCAUAAUAUGGUCUUAAUUCAGAUUUCAUCACUUGUUGGGGGAACAGAGCCCUGAAAUGUUAGCUGAGGUGCCAGCAUUCUACCUUUUGUUAUUUCAUUUGUGAAUCCUACUGUCUCCUUGAGAAUAAACAUCUAAACUCAUAAUUAGAACAUAAAUGUUAUGGAAAACCAUGUUGAAUAAUAUAAAACUGGUUUAUGUAGUAGACAUAUGCCAGCUCAUGUUACAUAUCCAUAAUGGAUUACAGUAAGAAUAUGGCAUACUUCCCAAAUCUGGAAUGUUUUAAGUGAAGCUUCCUGUACUUUAAGGGAGCCUAUUUGUUUAAGCAGUUAAGAAGGAAAAUAAUGGAAAAUUAAAAUCUGUAUUUUGUAGAUACAACUUUUAUUCUUAACUACUUGCACCUUUGACUGAGUGAAUGGUCAACACAUGACAUGUAAUGCACAUUAUGCUUGGUUAUGAAUGUCCAUCUAAAGAUUUAUAGAUUUGUAAUACAAAUGUUCAUCAUCAUCCAUUCUUGAUAUUUGCAUCCUGUCCCAUUUUGUAUUAUAAUAGCAUUUUGAAGUAAUGGAUUGUUAUAUAAAAAUAUCUAUUUUUCUAUAAAAUGUAAGCAUCUUCAGAUA